CACCGGAAGUCCCUGUCUGACCGGAAGCUCCCUCAGCCAUGGUGGAGAAGAAGCCUCCGGGCCGGGUGCCGGAAGGGGCCCAGCGCCGGGUCCUGGACAGGGCCGCUCGGCAGCGCCGCCUGCACCGGCAGUUGGAGGCUCUGGAGAGCGACAACUUCGGUGAUGAUCCCCAGGCAGGACUGCCCCGGCCCGGAAAGAGGCUGCCCAACUUCAGCGACACGGCCGAGACCGGCAAGAAGAAGAAGAAGACGCGCGGGGAUCACUUCAAGCUGCGCUUCCGCAAGAACUUCCAGGCCCUGCUGGAGGAGCAGGCCCUGAGCUCAGGCACAGCCCCGGACAGCCCCAGUUACGUCUCCGCCUGCGCGGGGCCCUCGCGCCGCCCCCAGCGCCAUUUCUGCAGCGUCUGCGGGUUCCCCUCCCCCUUCACCUGUGUCACGUGUGGGGCUCGAUUCUGCUGCGCGCGAUGCCAGGGGGCGCACCAGGACACGCGCUGCCUGAAGUGGACAGUGUGAGAUGACAUCACCCCCCGGCGAUGACGUCACCCCCUCCCUGCGAUGACAUCAUCCCCAAGAUGGCGCCACCCAGAGCCCCUGGUUUUGGGUCCAAACCCACGGAUUUAGGGCAAAUCCCCACCCAAGGAGAUUAAAAAAGGCAACAAAGGAA